AUGAGGUGUUCCGCAUCUCUUGCGAAAGGUGGGAAUCAGCGUGAACUUGCCCGCCAAAAGAACCUGAAGAAGACGCAGGAGAUCCACAAAGGGAAAAGGAAAGAGGAUAGCUUGUCUGCUUCUCAGAGAAAACAGAGAGACUCUGAAAUCAUGCAGCAAAAACAAAAAGCGGCUAAUGAAAGGAAGUCUCUGCAAGCGGGAGCAAAGUGAACUGCUUCUAUGGAGGAGAUCUGAUGAGUGCAUCGAUGAAGCUAAAGGGCCUAGAAGAUCAGACAUUUAUAAAAAUGCCCAGCUAUUAAAUGGUUAAAUGUUUAUCUUCUACUUGCAGACUUGUUCAAUUUGCAUUUCUUUAGAGUAUUUUCAGGUUAGUGUAGGCUUAGUUGUCUGAAGUAUUUCAAAACUGACUGUACUCUUCUGCAUGCAUAUAAGUAAUGGUACCAAGCAAUAGCUUAACUCCAGCUUUGUUGCAAUUGUUGGUUUCACUUAAUGGUUCCAGUAAUAAUGGAUUUCUGAAUCUGCAGUUAGACCAGACUUUCUUUUCUUGACUUCUUAAAAGAACAACUCCAUUCAGAAUGGAACAUACUUGUAAAAUGUGCUUGAACAUAAAGGUCUGAACUGUAAAUCUCAUCUUAAAUUAUUUUUACAAUAAAAUGUUGCAUGAAAUACUGUCUAA